AAAAACCCGGAAGUAAAUAAACUUCACGUGUGCGCAAAAAUGUCCGCCGGUAUCCCAGCAAAAAGAGCAACCUCUCAGCCUGAGGAGAGGGUGGACUGGAAGAAAAGGAAAGCGGAGAUAAAAGAAGCUCGAAAGCAAAGAAAAGAAGCUAAACUGAUCAAACAGCUGGAGAAGCAGAAGGAGCUGGAGGCUGCAGAGGCUGCCAAACCUGAACAGAGCCAGAACCAGAAAGGUCGAGGUUACACCGUGAGUGUGGCCCUGCCGGGCUCCGUCCUCGAUAACGCUCAGUCCACCGAACUGCGGACGUACUUGGCCGGACAGAUCGCCCGCGCCUGUGUGGUUUUCUGUGUCGACGAGAUCAUCGUGUUUGACGAACAAGGAGAAGAUGCCAAGAGCGUUGAAGGAGAAUUUACAGGUGUGGGGAAGAAAGGACAUGCUUGUAUUCAGCUCGCCAGAAUACUUCAGUACCUGGAAUGUCCUCAGUAUCUACGCAAGUGGUUUUUCCCAAAGCAUCAAGACUUACAAUAUGCAGGCUUGCUGAACCCGUUAGACUCUCCUCACCACAUGAGGAUAGAUGAUGAAUCAGAGUACAGGGAGGGGAUAGUCCUGGACAGGCCAACCAAACAGGGGAAAGGCUCGCUAGUCAACUGUGGAAUGAGGAAGGACGUCCGGAUUGAUAAACAGCUACAAUCCGGUCUUCGAGUCACAGUAAAGCUUGAUAAAACACAAAAUCAAGAGAGCAAACUUUUCAAAGGUGUAGUGGUGGCUCCUAAUGUGCCCAGGACUGAAGGAGGUCUCUACUGGGGCUACAGUGUCCGCUUGGCGUCAUGUCUCAGUGCAGUUUUCACAGAAAGUCCUUAUAAAGAAGGAUACGACUUGACGAUCGGAACCUCAGAGAGAGGCAACAACCUGGACCAGACAACUCUGUCACCAUUCAGGCAUCUUCUGGUUGUUUUUGGAGGUCUUCAGGGAUUGGAGGCCAGCGUAGAUUCUGACCAGAACCUGGAUGUGACUGACCCCAGUGUUUUAUUUGACCUUUACCUCAACACAUGCCCAGGUCAGGGCAGCAGGACCAUUCGCACAGAGGAGGCCAUUUUGGUGUCAAUGGCAGGUCUGAGACCGAAAAUCACUGCUGCUUUUGCAAAAAGCUCCAAUAAUACAACAGAAUAAAUAGAGGUGUUUUUCCUCUAACAUGUCACACAUCACCAGAUGAAUUCAAAGCCAUGGUUUCGUAUCUCUCUUGUGUUUUUUUUUUUAUUUCUCUACGUCUGUGUUUGAUUGCUCAACAAACUGUUCACAUUAAAAAAUAAAUCCACAGGCUUGAAGUGGCUGCAUCUUGUUCA